AUGGCCAUGGUCUCGAACGGCUCUUUUACAUCAUGUCCUGCGCCCUUCAUUGCUGAGCUCUCGAUAGGCGACACUGGUGGCUGUUUCGACGGCCGAGUCCUCUCCUGGAUCGCGCUCGCCGUGCUGAUUCUCAUGGUCUGCUCUGCGUUGACAUACAUUCUUCUUCCGGUUGAAGACACCCAGCGCCACUACUUGACGUUGAGCCCGCUGAUGGGUUUCAUAUUCAUGUCGGUCGCAUUCAUUAUGCCUCUGGGAAACUCUGACCACCAUUGCCACGACGCCAUUACCCCCAACGACUGGCUGUCCGACACGACCUGCGCGUUUACCGGCUCAUUGAUACAUUAUGGCGUCUGGGUUCUUGUCAUCGGAUGCUUUUUCCGCUCUCUCUCCCUCUACCUUCAGCUUAUCUGGGACAUCCAGCCCGGCAAACAGUUCCGCUUGGUAGCCCUACUCAGCAUAUUUGGCGGCUCCCUCGGCCUGCUCGGAAUCUCCCUCGGCGUGUCUGGCGUCUCGUAUCAGGUGGGCGACAUGUGCUACAUCAGCUAUCCCAACAGCGCCGGCUCUUUCUGGGGCCCGCUCAUCGGCGUCGCAUUCAUAUCCUGGGUCAUCCAGAUGUUCAUCAUGGUGUACACUAUCCGUGGUGUGCUGACUCGAGGUGGGACGGCACGGUUCUCCAUCUUCAAGAAGCGAUCAGACGACAGUGACCCGCUUUCGCGUGCCGCGCAGGCAAGGGCCAUGAGACGGAAUAUCUUGCAGAUCCUGGAGCUCCAAUGGAGGGCGAUUGCCAUCUGCUGUCUGAUUCUCGCCUAUGUGGUUUAUGUGGCCCAGGUGGUCCUGCGAUGGGGAGAUCCAGGCCAGUACAGCGCGAAUGAAUUGAAGCCGUGGGUUGAAUGUCUCGUCCGCGAAGCAGGGGACAAACACGCCUGCCGGGACGAGGCGAGCUCUAUAGUUCCGAGUCAAAAGAGUGUUGUUGCAGCGUUGGUGAUGCUUGCUUCCUGCGGCGUCUUGGGCAUCGCCUGCACGGCCCGGUACACCAUGAUCCUCGGCUGGAAAGACUGGUUCCACUAUCGGUUCGACGCCCUGGCUGACCUGCUGCCGGGGCGAGACCACACCAACCGCAGCAGCUCCAUAGCCCUUAACCCCAGCGCUGGCGCUGGAUCUGACCCUCGUCAAGGUAACGGGCUUGAUCUCGAGCUUGCCUCGGCCUCGACAAACGACACACACUCGGACGGCGUAACGGUAGUCGAGUCACCAACCACGCUGGAAGAGGUGGAUAAGCUCUACGGGUCGCGUACAUACCAUGUUCCCAAGAAUAGCUUUUCAAGGCCGGGGACGGUGCAUAGUCUUCUUUCAUACCCAGAUUCGAACUCGACCUGGAACGAUCCGACAACGCCGGGCCAUGCAUAUUCACAAUCUCAUACGAUCUUUAAACCGCCACGGGCAAGUCCAAGCGCAAGUAUGUUUUCACGAAGUAGCCAUACAGGAAGUCCGUCGUACCCACCUGCAGCUGCGAGUGUCUACGUCGGUGGCUCGGCGGCGCAGAAUAAGAUUACAACGAGAAUCGAGGCGACAAAUGGUGCUGCAUAUUCACUAAGAGAGAGGGAGUAG